UGAGCGCCACAUGUCGACGUCGAUGGCUCGAACAAAUUUACUAGUGCGCUGGCUCAUGGUCUUGCAAGUCCUAACUCGAACAGCUGCGCUCACCAUCCGGCCGGGCCGGCGGUCCGACGAGCUGGCCAUCGCUGCGACGAUGGCGCGGAACCUCAUGAAUCCGCUGUCCAUCGAUGCGAGGAACUUCGUCGUCGCCACGAACGACGACGGCGACCGCCUCGGUUUCGCACAGCUGCGGCCGCUCGGCGCCGCCGCGCUCGCGGACCCGGCGACGUACGACGCGGCGCCGGGCACGUACGACUUCGACGCCGCGGCCGACGACGAGGCCUGGGACGAGCUGCCGAGCAUCCCCACGGGCCUCGCGAGCCUGCCCUGGACCGCGGAGUACCGCGAGUUCGCCGCGCAGGCCGCGCGGCGCCGCGACGCGCGGACCGCGCGGCGCGCGACGGCCGAGGCCGCGGCGCCCAAGCUGUUCGAGCUCGCGUCGGUAUUUGUGUUCGAGCAGCACAGGAACGGCGGCGUCGGCGCCGCCCUCGUGCGGCGCCUGCUCGAGAGCCACGAAAUGGCGGACCGCCGCGCGGCGGACGUCUACCUGCUCACGCUCGAGGCGACGCGGCCGUGGUACGAGCGCCUCGGCUUCCGCGCCGUCGGGGCCGCGGACGUGCCCGCGCCGCUCGCCUUCGAGGUCGCCGCCGGCGGCCUCGUCACCCGGGCCAUCGGAGAGAAGCUCGUCUGCAUGCGCGGCGCCGAGGGCUAAGGUGAAGUCUAAGGUGCACUC